CCCCGUGCGCACUGCGCGUCCCCCGGCCUGUCAGUAGCAGCCAGAUGGAAACGUAGGCAAGUGAAUUUGGUGAGGUCAUGUAUUUUUAAGCCGCACAACGGAAUAAAUCAUCCUCCAACCGGGCGGCAUAAACAAAUAGUCCGCUGCUCCGGAUCAUUUCACCGCUGAUCGGACCGCUGGGGGGGAAUCGACGGUUUGAUUUAAACAACAAGAGAGGACAUUUGUGGAUGCACAGAGAGCAGUAAUAGAAGAUUUCACCAUGAAUAAAAACAAGAGAGAAAGAGAGUUCUACAGCCUAGACGUUGGGGAUUCUACGUUCACAGUACUGAAACGGUACCAGAAUCUAAGACCCAUCGGCUCAGGAGCGCAGGGAAUCGUCUGCUCUGCUUACGACCAAAUCCUUGAACGAAAUGUUGCCAUCAAGAAGCUGAGUCGGCCAUUUCAAAAUCAAACCCAUGCCAAGAGGGCGUACAGAGAACUAGUCCUAAUGAAAUGUGUCAAUCACAAAAAUAUCAUUGGCCUAUUAAAUGUAUUUACGCCACAAAAAUCAUUAGAAGAAUUCCAAGAUGUAUACUUGGUGAUGGAGCUGAUGGAUGCCAACCUGUGCCAGGUCAUUCAGAUGGAGCUGGACCACGAGAGGCUGUCCUAUCUGCUCUAUCAGAUGUUAUGUGGUAUCAAACACCUUCAUGCUGCCGGCAUCAUUCACAGGGACCUGAAGCCCAGCAACAUAGUAGUGAAGUCAGAUUGUACACUGAAGAUUUUGGACUUCGGCUUGGCUCGGACGGCUGCCACAGGCCUCCUGAUGACACCGUAUGUGGUGACACGCUACUACAGAGCACCAGAGGUUAUCCUGGGCAUGGGCUACCAAGCCAAUGUGGACAUCUGGUCUGUGGGCUGCAUACUGGCGGAAAUGGUUCGCCAUAAAAUCCUCUUCCCGGGAAGGGACUACAUUGACCAGUGGAACAAGGUAAUUGAGCAGCUAGGCACUCCAACUCAGGAAUUUCUAAUGAAGCUGAACCAGUCAGUAAGAACGUACGUAGAAAACAGGCCACGCUAUGCUGGAUACAGUUUUGAGAAACUCUUCCCAGACGUGCUCUUCCCUGCCGACUCCGACCACAACAAACUGAAAGCGAGCCAAGCUAGAGAUCUCUUAUCUAAGAUGUUAGUGAUUGAUGCCUCCAAGCGCAUCUCGGUAGAUGAGGCCCUGCAGCACCCCUACAUUAAUGUUUGGUACGACCCGGCUGAAGUGGAAGCGCCCCCUCCGAGAGUCCUGGACAAACAGCUGGAUGAGAGGGAGCAUACCGUGGAGGAGUGGAAAGUGCUAAUUUACAAGGAAGUGAGCGAAUGGGAGGAGUGGACAAAAAAUGGAGUGAUAAGAGGCCAGCCAUCUCCUUUAGGUGCAGCAGUGAUCGACAGCCCCCCUCAGCCCACGUCGUCCUCCUCCUCUUCGGCCAACGAUGUCUCGUCCAUGUCCACAGAGCCCACUGACCCGAGCAGUGACCCCACCAUGACCUCUGAAACAGACAGCAGCUUGGACAGCCACACCUCUCUGGGUGCGCUGGCCUGCUGCAGAUAACGCACACAUACUAUACAAUACACAUGCACACACAAACACAAACCUUUUCCUCAUCAGAGCGUGUGAUGGGAGAGGGUUUAGGCCAAUGGAACUUCUCAUGUUAGUUUGUAGAACUGCGCUUUUAAUGUACAGUUUGUUUUUAUUUCCCCCUCCCCCCUUACACUGCUGUAAAUGAUUGUGGUUUGAAAUUGUAUCAUUAUUACUGUAUUUUUGCUGCAAAGAAUCAAGAGUAUGUUUUGAUGUGAAUCUGUGAUGUAUGUUAUGAAAGAGAGGGAUUCGAGUGUACUUCACACAUUGCUGUUUUCUAGCUGCUGCUACACAGUCAAAUAACUUAGUGUUGGCACUGCAGUAUUACGUUGAGUAUAUUUUUGAAUUGUUCAUUUGACAUUUUUGUAUUAUUUUUGGGACAUUUGAAUGAAUUUACACCAAUUUAGACUUUAACAGUAGACUAUAGCACAUUUCAUCUUGGAUCCAAUUGCAAAUGGAUGAUUUUAUUUUGAUAUUGUUCCUCAUCUUUCUUGUAGAAAGCGUCCCUUGGUUUAUCCAAGUUAACUUAUUUCUUAGUAUUAUGUCACCUCUGAUUGUGUGCAUCUUGACAAGCAGUCAAAUGGUCUAUUACCCUAUGACACUGAAUUUCUUUUUUUACUAUAGCAUACUGUUAACUGACUGUAUUUUAACUUAUUUACAUAGAUGUGAUUUGUAGGCGAUGGUCUGUUGGAUGAGGAAGAACAGGGUGAAUGUAAGUGAAUAGAAAUGUGGCGUAGUGAGGAGCCAGUGAUUAAUGUUAGCGCUGUAACAAGUUAAUAUAGGCCACUGCACUGGCUAGAAUGAGUUCUGUGUUUGGGGACUGUCACCAGAGACUAAGUCUAAAUUAGUCACUUUACCCUUUUGGCAGGUUCUUUCAGACUUUAUUCACAGCUGUCUGAUAUUUAAGAUAUUUAAUUUAAGUGCCCUUACUCAGUUCAAUGAUUUUCAGUCCUCUCCAUGGUAGAUGCCCCUCUCUUCUGUGGUGCGUCUUUCUGAGUUCUACCUCACACAUGCACACACUCUCAAAUACACGUUACAGUAUGUAUCUCAUGGCACACAUCAUUUGAAAGAAAUGCGAAAAAAGAUCCUUUUUUUCCCACUAUUUGUGUUAUUUAUUUAUUUAUUUCAAGCUAAGGAGGCGUCUAUUGUAUGUAAUGUACAUUUCAUUCAGAAGUAGUAUUUAUAUGCAUUUUGUUUCCUUUUUUGUUUGUUUUCUGUGCAAUAUAAUUCAUAGAUUAGUAUAGUGAUUGAUCUGUACAUUUUACCGUAGAUGUAUGUAUGUUUUCUGAGAGUCAGGAAACAGGCAUUUGCUACCUGCCAUGAUAACCUUUGGAUGUAUUUGAUGGCUCAAAUUCCCAACCUGUCCUUUUGCCCGUUCAUGGUUGGACACUCCAGGCAGUGACCCCUAGCAUCAGCUCCCAGAAUGCACUUUGGGGAUUGUGACGCAUGUCCUGACCCUUUCUGGGCCACAUUUCAACUGUGGCUUCCUCUUUUUUGUGGUUUUCUUCUCCUCCAUCUCCUCAAAAAUAGAAAAGAUAGAAUAGACUACGCAUGAGUUUUCUCUGAGCAAAUCUGGUUUUAGUGCAGGUACAUUUAGAGGAAAGAAAGGAAAGCCAUUCAGUUCUACUGGGGUGAUGCUGCAGUCUUCUGAUGGUUUGGCCAAACACUGACAGCAAAGAGUUAACCUGUUGUGGUGUGUCUUGGUAAGGCCAGUUGUGUGAAUUUUAGCCUUUGGAUAUGAAAUUGCCUCACUAACAGACUAAUUAUAUACAUCAGAAAUGGAAACUGUCUACCUUCAACUCCAACAAAUAAAAGAGUUGAAUUUUAA